UGACGCUAGCUAGGGUUUCUCUUCCUGCUUUGUAAAUUUCAUCACGAGUCUCUCAUAUUUUUAAAAUGGGACUAUUCUCCCAUCAAUUCGUUUCACGAAAUUCAAAUGUGUAGUAGGAUACCCAGUGGGUUGUUCUUCAAUCAAAUGCAAACUCGCGGCUAGACUCGCUCUAACUCGUGAUUUUAUACAGAGUUAGCCAAUUUUCCAUCAAACACCCAAAAAUGUCCAAAACGCCACCGUUUCGCUAGGGUUUGUUUGUCCCUUUAUUUUAGGUUUUACGCUCUCUCCCUUUGUUUGUCACGCACACCAACGAGCUCAGUUACAUUUCAGCAAGUCAAAAUUUCCUCCAGAAAGUUGCUCGUGUAAUGGAUAUAAUCUCUCAGUUACAAGAACAAGUUAAUUUGAUUGCACAUUUGGCUUUUAAUACAGUUGGGACAUUGCAAAGGGAUGCCCCUCCUAAUCGGCUGUCGCCAAAUUAUCCUGAACCACCUGCGCAUGCUACAGAGGAUGGGUCAAAUUUUUCAGAACAGCCAAAGCUGAUGAGUACUACUUUGGUGAAGGCUGCUAAGCAGUUUGAUGCAUUGGUUGCGGCGCUUCCAAUAUCCGAGUCAGGUGAAGAAGCACAGCUUAAGAGGAUUUCAGAACUACAAGCUGAAAAUGAUGCAAUAGGCCUAGAACUUCAGAAACAGUUGGAAGCUGCAGAGAAGGAAUUGAAUCAGGUUCAGGAGCUGUUUAGGCAAGCAUCAGAUAAUUGUUUGAACUUGAAGAAACCAGAUGACAGUUAGCUAUUUGUGUUCCAGGAAAGCUCAGAUGAAUUUUGCCACAUGUAUCUCAACUUGACAAAAAGCAGGGACAGCUGCAGGAGGAUUUUCCUUUUCUCCUUUUAAGUCUUGAUUACCUGAAAUAGUUGUAUUCUUUCGUAUGUUGUGACUUUUGCCUGACACGUGAUGUUUUGCAGAAAUUGAUCAUCAGUCGAGAUACUGGUAAUUAUCUUUCUUUGCUCCCGAGGGAAAGGCAUAUCGGUGUUUAUAUUAACCAUCUUCCUUCA